GGAAAGUGAGCUGAUCUAAAGCCAACAGAGACCUGAGAUUUGCACAGGAAUUUGCAAGAAGAAGAAGAGGAAAUAUCAGUAUAUCCACCUUCAUUUAUCUGUUGCAAGAAUUCUUUUCUCUCUGCACUUAUUCUGUGCUCUCAAUUAAGCAUGCUGGGUGGAGGGGAGCUCAAGAGCUCCUCCUUGGUGCAGCAGAUGGUGUGGGGUGGCACAGGCAGCAUCAGCAGCGGUGUCAUGGGCAGCUUGAGGCUGCAGCCUUGUGCUGAGGAGCAAGCUGAUGCAGCUGCUUCUCCAGCUUCCAUGCUCUUCCUCCCCCAGCAGCUGCUCCACAUCUCUUCUUCAUCAUCAUCGCCAGGUCUGAACAUUCUUGAUGAGGUGAAUUGCAGCAGCAGCACUGGUCUUCCUCUUGGGAGCUUUCAUGGUGAUGGGCAGCAGGAGGGCGGCAUGGCAGAAUAUCAGUCAUGGAGGCAGCUCCUUCUCAGUGGGGGAUUAGUUGGAGAUCACGAGAGAUACAGUACGGCCACAGCUCUCCUGUCGAAAGGGCUAGACGAUGAGGGCCCUAUGCCUCACGAGUCAGCAGCUUAUGAUUUCUAUGGACAUGGCGCCUCCUCCGCCGCCGCCGGCGAGGAGAUCAACAAGGCGUCGCCGGAGGCCAGCUUCAAGUCGCAGCUGAGCCAGAUGCUCCUGGCUUCCUCUCCUAGGUCAUGCGUCACCACCAGUACUGGCCUCGGCAGCAGCAUGAUGGAGUUCUCGAACAGCGCGGCGGCGCCGGUGCCGGAGUUGACGAGGAAACAACACCACGGGCAGUCAGACAACUCGUCAGAGUGUAACAGCACAGAGACAGGUUCAGCUCUCAAGAAGGCUAGGGUUCAAGCCUCUUCUUCAGCGCAAUCUACCCUAAAGGUAAGGAAGGAGAGGCUUGGGGACAGAAUAACAGCACUUCACCAGAUAGUUUCCCCAUUUGGCAAGACUGACACUGCAUCCGUGCUGCAAGAGACUAUUGGUUACAUUAGAUUCCUCCUGGGUCAAAUCGAGGCCCUCAGCUACCCAUACUUAGGGCAUUGCUGCUCCGGGACCCCCAUGCAACAGCAAACUGGAAUAAUGUCUGGAGAAAGGAGCAUUGGUCUCUUGCCAGAGUUUCCUGGCCAGGAGGCAGAAAAGGAUGACGGCGACAAUAAUAAUAAUGAGGCCAUUAAGGACCUGAGGAGCAGAGGGCUGUGCUUGGUCCCGGUCUCCUGCAUGCCCCACCUGGCCGCCGACAACGACGUCGUCGUCGGCUCCGACUUCUGGGCCGCCGCCGGCGCGCCGCCCCUCGCCGGCAUCAACCUGCGAUAGGCGCGCGGCCGGCCGGAGUACGUACUCAUGUACGCUUCGCUGUUCACGGUUCACCGUCUUCAUUGUUCAUGCAGAGACCACAUGGUGAAGUUUUGGCUGCAUGCAUGCAUGCAUGCAUUAAUUUGGAUUUUUAUUUGGUCUCCUGUGUGAUGUUAAAUCGAUUUGAUGUAUCUUCAUAUGUUGUAUAUAGGGCUUAAUUAGCUGUAUGAUCGAUUAUAUAUCAAAAACACAUACCAUCAGGAGCAGUCAAUCUGUGACGACAUGUAAGGCUGAUUGCUCUUGAUGCUAUGCAAGUAUAUAAUUGUAUAUGUCCUUAUGUACUUCUGCACACACACUGCUAUGUACGUGCACACAUAAUAUAUAUC